GGUAUUGCAGUUCAUCAGUUGAGUUCGGAAGCCGCAGUCAUAAGUACUUAUCACACUCUCGUAAAAGUGAAAUAUAAUGGAAAUGAUAGUGGCACCUAGCUUGGUCAUUCUGAUAUUUACAUCUUGUGUAUUAGCAAGCGAUUACUACAUGUCUAGUACGAAGAGUAACUGGACCGAAGCGUUGGAUCAAUGCGAGAGUCACGGAAUGCAGCUGGCGGUGAUAGAUUCACCGGAGAAGCAGGAAGCUAUUGCGCAAAUGAUCUGCUCCUCAACCGUAUUCAACGAACGGUGGACAGACGUUUGGAUAGGAGCCAACGAUAUCGCCGAAGAGGGACAGUUCACUUGGCAAGCUACUGGUGAAAAUGUAACGUAUACCAAUUGGAAACUGGGCCAACCCAAUAACUAUGGUGGGAAGGAAGACUGUGUUCACGUUCAGUAUACGGCGAACGUGGACUUCCAGUGGAAUGAUGAUCAGUGUUCCAAGAAGAAGUAUUUUAUCUGUGAAAAAUAUUGUCGGUGAAUGGGAAAUAAAUUUAUACGGUGAAUGGGAAAUAAAUAUAUGCGAUCAAUAAAA